GACUUGUCGGCUCCAGUCAGCAGGUGAGUCUCUCGGGUAGUCGGACGCGCUCUGUCGCCGUGAAAAUACUCAAGAAUUUUCCUCCCGCUGUUUUUGCCACAGAAUGAGGGCUUCCAUUAAUCGACCUCCGACGCCCGAAGCCGAGGAUGAUCGAGAUCAGCAGCUUACUUUUCAAGAAACAAUCAAUAUCAAGCUGAUUGAAAGUGGCGAAAAAGAGCGGCUCAAAGAGCUCUUGAGAGAGAGGCUUAUCGAAUGCGGAUGGAAAGAUGAAAUGAAAGCCCUUUGCAGGGCAUAUGUAAGGAAGAAGGGAAGGAACAAUGUCAGUGUCGACGACCUUGUGCAGGUCAUUACUCCAAAAGGCAGAGCCUCAGUUCCCGAUUCAGUGAAAGCUGAGCUGCUGCAGCGGAUCCGAUCUUUCCUAGGAUCAACAGCCAUCUGACGUACACACAAGAUGUACACACAAGAUGAUCGCAAGUAGCCGAAAAGUAUCUUCUUCAUACCCUAAUUAACCUGCUAAAACCAAUUAUUCUACACUAUGUAUGGAACUUGUUUGGACUAAUUACUCAGAAUUAGAUAGCUUCUGUUGGAAAAUCCAAGUCGAGUUCCUUUUUCGGGUUACGGAUUGGAGGAUGUGGUACCAUGUAAACUUCACGGAUUGGAGGAUGUGGUACCAUGUAAACUUCACACGCUGUCAACUGAAUCCUGAUUGGUGGUGUUUUAUUGUAUGAUGCAAGUAGUAAAGCUUGUAGUUUGAGUUGGCAAAUACUCUAGACACUGUUUUACCCAAAAUUUGGUCAGUUGUAACUACUUACUGGGUCUACUUUGAUGUGAUAUUGUAUCUUUCAGACUCCUCCAAUUGUUUAUAGCUGCAACUGCCAAAAUCUUAAUUCUUAUCAACUUCUCUGUUGUGGCUUCCAUAUAAAA